AACACUUGUGGAUGUGGCUUUGGAGGCCAGGUCCUACUGUAACAGUGUAAAUGUUCCAUUAAAGAACAUCUAGAAUUUCAAACAUUUGGCAGUUGAAAUCAUUCAUCAUGCUGAAUAUGCUAAAGUAACGACAGCUUGUUCUCUUCCUAUGCUUAUACUCACAGCAUUCCAUUACUCACCACAACUGUACAAUGGCAGAUAAAACCUAUGCAUUUUACAUACAUGGUGCAGAGGAGCAAAUUUGUUCUGGAUAUCUUUACAAAUCUCCCCCAGAGAAUCUGUUCAAGUCUCAGAAAUCGUGGAAACGGAGGUUUUUUGUUCUUCUAAAGUACAGUAACAACAUAUUCCAGCUUAAGUACUAUAAAAAUGAAGAAAAGAACAAACCACUUGGAGACAUUGACUUGUCUAAGAUCACAUUCAUGUUCUUAAAGCCCGAGAUGGAUAAUAAGUGGAACUGGAUUCAAAACCAUUUCAGAUGUUCUCCUUCGUGUGUAUUGUUUAUUAGAGUACCGGAAAGAGACUUCUUCCUUAUCGGAGAAAACAGUUGGGAGAUGGAAAAAUGGUUCACUGCUUUAUUUGACAUCUUAAAUAAUCGUCCACACAGACUGUUGGAUCCCAAGUCAUUUGGGUCGAAGAGACACAUCUGGGAACUUCCACAGUCAGAAAACGACGAGCAGACAGUUGAGUGGGGUCAUGAAACAUGUGUUACACAUGAGCCGCCAUCACAUGUGACCCAUGAGCCCAUCUAUGUUUCUCCUGCAAAAUUCAAAAGUAAAGAAUUAAGAACAGAAAGAAACUGCGAAGAUAACGACACAGAUGAAUUGACAGAAUGAGUGCAGAAAUGUACUCGUGCAGGCUUCAUUCUAAACUCCAGCUUCUUUAACUGUUGUUACUGUGUGCUAAUUGUUACAACAGUCUGGAAACAAGACUGAAUUUAAGAUAUAUUUGUUGUUUUAUUUUCACAGUUCAAGUAGUAUGUUGAAUGUAAGGUUGAACAGGAUUCUUAUAUGCUAAAUCAUAUUUCGUUUCACUGACUUGCACUAAUCCAAAGCAAAAGGAAUGUUUAUACAGUAGCUUUGCAUUGGGAACAGUUGAUAUUCAUCUCAUUUCGUCGAUAAUGAGACGAAUUGCACAAGUUGCAUUAAUUUACCAAAAAUAAAAUAAAUAUGAUUAAAGCAAAUGACCAAAAGUCAAUUAUAUUAGAACAAUGCAGCUUAUUUUUUUUUUUUUUUAAAUAUCAGAAUGCUUCAGUAUAAAGAAAAUGAUGCAGCUACUGUGUAAAUAUAGGCUAAUAAAUGUAUAUUUAAAUAUUUUGUUUCAAACAAUGUUUCAGUUAGGCCUAUAUGAAGUUAUAAUAUUACAAAUUGUUUCAAUACUAAUGCAUGGUCUUAUAAACAUUCACCUUGAUGUGAAAUGUACAGAAAAUAAAAUCUAUAAUCUGUUUUAACAUGCACACAUUUAAAUUAAAACUAUGUUGUGUGUGAUAUCAAAGUCAAUAUUUUUCAAUAUUCAAAUGUAAAAGAUUUCAGGUAUUAAUUUUCUUUCAUUUAAUUUUCUUUCAUACCCUGAAAUAUCCGUUUUUUUUGUUACUCUGCAAACUCAGUGUAUUGCUUUUCUUUAAUUCUGUUUUUGUCUUGUACUACGCAGCCUUUUGAAGGUUUCUUAUGAUAAAAACUUUAUACUAUAUGUUCAAUUUAUUCCUCAAAAUCAAUGUUUCCAUAUAUGCUGAAAUCAUACAUUUUCUGAGUAGCUAGUCUUAGUUAUGCUGUGACUGAUGCUAGAUAAUUUGUUAAUGUUCAUUCAAAUAGUUAGAAAUGUCAUGCCAUGUUUGCCAUUUCUGUUUGUAAUGUAUAUAGUUGAAUAUAUAUCAGAGCGGGCGGCAGUGGCUCAGUGGUUCAUGUGGGUUGUCUAAAAAAACUGAAAGAUUGGUGGUUCAAUCCAGCAAACAAUAAAUGGAAAGUGCCUG